UCACUCAUCAUUUCUUGUAGUUGCAGAGAGCCGCGUGACAGCUUGCAGAUGCCGACAGAUGUGCCCCAAGACGGACUCAAGACCGAGGAAGAGACCCUCAAGUGUGACCCCAUGACCCUGUCCAGCACGCCGACCGUCCGUCGAGGUAGUACCCCGUUGCCAAUUAAGCACCAGCUUCGGCGGGAGGAGGCCGUGCACGAUGACUGCGACUGGUCCUCUGACGCUGCCUGCGGAACCUCUGUCCCGCCGCCACUCCGCUUCAGCCCAGCCCUGGAUGACACGACAGCAAUGACAGAGGUUGAGGGCAAGCCCGAAGGCCCUCUGAGGAUCGCCUUGCUGGGGCAGAACGGCGUGGGGAAGUCAUCACUGGCCUUCGCCUUGGUGGGGGACGGAGACAGGAUGGCGUCUGUGGAUUCUGACGGUGAGGGUCAGUUGAGCUUUGUCACCGUGGACGACGAGGAGAGCGCCAUCCUUAUUUAUGACAACUGGAGACAUGACCUGUCGGCACUAUGUUGCGAGGUGUGUGUGCUGGUGUUCUCGGUGACCGACCGACGCAGUUUCCACCGUACGGCGCAGCUUCGCCUUCUCCUGCGGGAAACGCAGCCGCAGACUCCCAUCAUCCUCGUGGGCAACAAAAGCGACUUGGUUCGCUCCCGAGAAGUGACCUCUCAAGAGGCUAUGUCUAGCGCCGCCCUCUUCAACUGCCUCUAUCUGGAGAUUUCCGCCUCUCUGGAUCACCGCACCACAGAGCUCCUGGAGAGCGCCGUGCGGCUAGCGCGAGGCCAACCCCCGUGGCCCCCAGGUACCAGCCCAGAUGACGUAGGCGCCGGAGGGCAGCGGGAGAGCAUCACCUCGCGUGCCAAACGCUUUCUGUCCAGCCUGGUUCCUCGCUACCAGCGCGAGCGAGGGGAUGCUGGCCGGUUCCUGCGGCAAAAGUCACGCUCCUGUCACGACUUGGGAGCCCUGUGAUGACGCUAAAUCAGGGGUGUCAAACUUGUUUUUAUCAAGGGACAUUUAAGAGUUAGGCUUGUGGAGCAGUUUUUAGUAGUGAAACUACAUAUAGUUGAUAUAAAAUGUCUACACAAAAAAAAGUCUACUGUUGAAAUGCCAGGUUUUUCGGCAUGUGAGAUCAAAACAUUCGUUUCCAUGAUUAAUGUGACCUAAAAUCUGACACUGGGAGGCAAAUUUCAUCGUAGAAUACCUUGAUAGUCUUGAGGUUUUCUUGUUUCCUUGGCCAAAAUUUAAGACACCAUGUGCUAAAUGGAGUGGGGACAGUGUACAUUUUUGUGACUAGUAUAUGCUUAACCCUAUGGUAGAGGUCUAAUGUUAAAUUAGUAACACCAUCACUAAUGUCAAGUAAAUUCUACUCGAUAGAUUAACCAGGAUGACAUACAGCCAUUUCAAUAAAUUCCAAAUGGUAGUACUCUUCUUCAAUUUCCCGAUAUGCAGUUACAGUACAUAAAACCUGAAACCAUGUUAACCUUUUUUAAAAGGCAGCAAAAUCUCCUGAAAAAUAUGAUAAUCUUCAAGAAGCUAUAAAAGGACCCAUGCGACUCAGACAGUAGCGUCACAAUCAAUAUCUCAUGACUAGAGCUUUGUGGGUGAAAAUCACCUGAUGUUAGUGUUCUAGGCAAGGGCGUAGGUUUGCAUAGGGACUGUAGCGACAUAACCGUACCAACUUUUCAGGAGGCUCAAAUUGUCCCAACCAACCAUUAAGCAACCUUAUAUGCAUAAUGACUUCAGUUAUACAGGUAAUUUAGAUUUUCCCAUAUGUUGUAAGGAAAGAAUUGACCCUGCCAUUAUUAAGUGAAUUAUUUUCAUUAUGUUCCAACUUGUAUUUACCCCUUUUCACCUGCUGAAUGCGCCGAUCCAAUCCCCCCGCCCCUGAAACGCACGUUUGAUUGGCUGGUAACUUGACAACCCCCCCCCCCGACACACACACGCAUGCUAACACUCACACAGCCCCGAUAGGAAUACAUAUCGACAACAUGCCGUCUCCUCCACCCUCUUCGAAGACGAAGGAUAUUAGAAGUUUUUUUUUCGGCCAGCAGCAGCCACUGUAAGUAAUUUAAAAAGACACCAGUGUUGUGGAGAUGAGUAACUCACCACUAAUUUUGUACUGGAAGUCCGACCUGCAUCAGAGUUAGCAUAACAUUAAACUGUGUGAACUUGCUUACCUGCAAAACUCGAGUCAGAAGCUGCUUAGAGAGAAGUGUCCUUCUGUUUGUGUUUUCUACUGUUAACGUUAAUUAAACUGAGAGAAAUGUAGUGAACUCUGCUGGAAACUAUAGAACCAGAAAAACGUUAACAAGAAGCUGCUUAGAGAAAGACGGGUGCUGCAUAAACUCAAAUGUUGCUCACGCAACACAACAUAAUCAUAAUUAACUAUGUCCAUAAAAAGAAUAAAAAAGCUUUUGGGGGGGAUGCUGCGUGUCAUGUACGAGACAGAGAAACCAGUUGCGUAUCACAGACACAGGAUUUUAUUGAUGUUGACAGGCAAAGAAAACAAUCAGGUCAAGCAGUAAUAGCUAGUUGGCAUGCAAACGUAUGCUGAAUCGCUGACGACCUGACACUGAAUGCUAGGUGUUCGUGCCUUAUAUACUGUUCUCAUUUGUUCUUUGUGAAAUAAGAAAGAGUACACAGUCUUUGUGGUGGAAGCUUUGUGUUGCAUGAGUGUGAUGCAAUAUGCUGGCAGUAUGCUGGUGCAUUGGUACAUGACACUGCGAGCUACCCACACUAGUGUUGCGAUCGACUGGUCGAGCAUGAUCGACGUAAGAGUACCCCUGAUUUGGCAUAUCAAUUAAUUCGUUUCAUAUUCGUAAGAAAUGUAGCCCUGAUCCCCGUUCACCUAAUCUGUUUGCUCUGAUUAAUGUCCCAUCCCGAGCAAAAAGUGUACAUGCAGGUUAUGCUACCAAUGUUGAGACCAAACCUAUGCCCUUGGUUCUAGGGUUAAAACGGACAAACACACAUUGCAUUAUUUUACCUUAUGUGAAAAAAAGUUGCUCAAAGUAUUAAAGUAUGUAAAUAUAAAAUAAUGUUUAAAGAAAAAAAAAAAUUACAUCGCAUACGAGAACAGCCAUUUUGUAAUGUCAGUUCUAGCUACUCACAUACACACUGAUAGACCCAAGCAAAUGUGCACAUGAUAAUGAGUAUUAAUGAUGUUGCAAGGAAGUAUGCAGAGUUUGGGAUAGUUGCCUUUGACUGGCGAAACUAAAGACAUUAAGGACAGCCACUUCCUGGAAAUAAUAGCUUUUAUUCACGUUCUCCAUUUUUGCAAUUCUUUCAACAAGAUUUGUUCUGGUGGGAUGCAUAUGAUCCAGGUGAACGUGAAGACAUUCUCCAAGAAAUGUUUGGCAAAUUCAAGUUUCACUUUUUUAUUUUUUAGACGUGAUCAAAAGUGUUAGUACCCCCCUUUUAAACCGGCCGAAAUGUACACUGUGCCUUGAAGGGAAAAAAAGUGGAUUUUGCUCUUUUCACAGGUUCUUUUGUUCCUGAAUUGUGUGUCAUCAUCUCCAGUUCAUUAAGAGAAUAAAAGAAACUGCGAAAAAAAGAAAAUCAACUUUUUUCUACUUCAGCCUCCUGUGAAAUACAUUUUUAUACAUCCUCUGUCAAGCUUUCAUACGUACCAUGUUUUUAAAUUUGUUAAUCUAGUAUAACUCAUCGGCUGCUAUUGACGGCAAUAGUUGUUCAGUCCAUCUAUUGGUGUAAAUGACAUUGAGUAUUCUUCCGUCUAAAAGUCUUAACAUCAACCCAUCAUUUUAAAUAUUUGCCCCUAAAUUUGAUUAAUAUUUAACUGUGACUUUUCAAUAUAAGAAAUUGAAACAGAUGGCCUUGAGGUGGACUCUUUGUGUGCUAAAAUUUUAGAGUAAUGUCAUGUGUUCUAUUAUACACUCAUUUUGUACAAAACAGAACGAAUGAUACUUUUGUGUAAAUAAGCUGCUGUAGUGAUACUUAAAUGUGAAUAAAAGGCUUAUUUUUAGC